AUGAGGAUAGCAUCACGCCACUUCCGACGUCCAAUUAUCAUCAUUCUGCUGACAGCUUUGGUCUUCUGUGUCAUUCAAGUAUUGAGGUCUGAAUUAUGCUUACGAGAGAAUGAUCUGUCAAACAAUGAAAAGUUACUGCACAUGUCGCAAUUGAUAAAAGAGUUUGGGAGUCAGAAGCAGCAUCUGGAUGAUGGUGUGGAGGCAUGCAAGCUUCCUGAGUUAGACGUUAAUAAUCCGGAAAUUCUGAAGUUCAUUCAUGAUGUACCUCCUCUUAAUUGCUCGUCUGAGGAUUGGGUAACGGUUGAGGGAUCGAAACUUUCUAUCCAAGAGAAGGCAGUGGAACGUUAUGGAUCCAUAACGUGCGCUUUUAGUGAGAUCCUCAGACUGGAUGACUACAGCGUUCAGCUUAGUCCUGCUCAGGAAUCCGAUGACGUUUAUAUUCUUCAUCUGAGCGAUUUUGUAGACGUGAAAUGUCAAGCAUCAAGUGGAAAACAAUGGCACAGUGUAUUGGCUGGAGUGAAACAAGACGCAGAUGUCAUGAAGUCGACAUCAUGGGCGAAUGUUCCAGACACUGGAAUGAAACUGAAUGUUCUGAUGUUCGGUUUCGACUCACUCUCCCGUAAUACCUUUAUUCGAAAGCUGCCAAAAACUUAUCACUACUUGAAACAAAAUCUCAACACUCAAGUACUCGAGGGCUAUAACAUCAUAGGUGAUGGCACACCUCAAGCCCUCAUUCCAAUUUUAACAGGAAAAAUCGAAUUGGAAUUGCCAGAGACUCGUAAACGAAUGGGUCCAAAAGCAAAUCAUGUUGACGUCUACCCACUCAUCUGGAAGGAGUACAAAAAAAAUGGAUACAUCACGGGGUUCAUGGAGGAUGUGCAUCAUAUUGGGACUUUUACGUACAGAUUGAAGGGAUUCGAUCAACAACCUACUGACCACUAUAUGAGGACAUUCUAUUUAGCAGCAUCUCCAUUUUUUAGGAAUUCCAAGAAGUUUUGCUUGGGUGGAAUUCCUCGGCACAUGCUGAUGUUGAACUACAUUAAAAAUAUUUAUAAUGUUUAUCGUGACAAACCGAAGUUCGUGUUUGGAUUCCAUGGAGAAUUAUCGCAUGACUCCUACAAUGACAUUGGAGUGGCUGAUAAUGAUCUUUAUCAGUGGGUCAAGGAUUUGCAGGAGCAGGGACACUUGAACAACACGAUUCUCAUCUUGAUGAGCGAUCAUGGUCACAGAUUUGCAGAGAUCAGGAAUACUUUGGCAGGGAAGCAAGAGGAACGUCUCCCCUUUUUCUCGUUUACAUUUCCACCCUGGUUUAAACAGGUUCACCCUGAGGCCUACGCAAAUUUCGUCUACAACACUCGACACCUCUCAACUCCUUUCGAUGUUCACAAAACACUGGAGAGUAUUUUAAAUGUGAAGACACCGCAGGUGGCUGAUCUCAGCCAACGUGAUAUCAGUUUAUUCGAUAAAAUUCCGUUGGAUAGGACCUGCGCUGAUGCUUUUAUCGAGCCUCACUGGUGUGCCUGCUUGGCCUGGGAAGAACUAUCAGUAACGAAUUCCACUGUUCGAAUCGCUGCCAACAGCUUCAUUAAAUUCCUCAAUUAUUAUAGUGAGGAUCAUCGAGAUAUAUGUGAAGUGUUGAAGUUGGAUCAGAUUCUGUGGGCUGCAAGACUCAUCCCGACGAAAGGAUUACUCAAAUUUCUACAGUCGGGGGAUAAAGACGGAUUUAUUGGUGACUUCAGUGCUAAAACUCGAUUAACACAUGAGAUAUAUCAAUUGAAAGUAAGGACCCAACCUGGUGGUGGUCUCUUUGAGGCCAGUAUCGAUCAUGACGUCGAAAAUAACACGUUCAGUACAAAGAUAUCGCACGUCAGUAGGAUAAACAAAUAUGGAUCUCAAGCAAGAUGUGUCGAGCAUGAAUUCCAUCACUUGCGUAAAUAUUGUUACUGCAAAGAUGAGACUUCGCCAGGAUAA